AUGGACCCCUUUCGAUUUUCAUCUUUUCACGCAGCGCAAGAGACUUCCUUGGAGUUGACCCUGCCAAUCUCAAUGGAGCGCGUUGUCGUCGUGGGUGCAGGUCUCUACGGCCUUAUUGCCGCCAAGACGUACUUCCAGGUAAAAGAAGCUUACAGUGUUGACACAACACCUAGUGGUCCCGGUGCCUUCGAGUCCGUCCCAAGUGGUUUCACCACCGCCACUGCAUCUCCUGUUUCUGAAAGCAAAUUUGGACUGUUAAUAAUCGAUGCGGCGUCGGACAUUGGGGGAACAUGGGCUGAAGAGCGCCUUUAUCCAAAUCUCUCAAGCCAAGACUCCUAUGGGAUGUAUGAAUACAGCGACAUGCCCCUGGCCGUGAAUAACAGUCCAGGUGGUGAGACUGAUGAUUUCUUCAUUCCGGGCUGGAAGAUUAAUCGGUAUUUGCAUGAAUGGGUGGACAAAUGGGCUCUGAAGCAGUACAUCAGGCUGAACUGGAAGGUCGAUACCAUUCGCCGUCUUCAGACGGGAGAAUGGAACCUCCGCAUCUGCAUCACCCACCCUUCGGAAUCCUACGUCGAGAUUUUCUGCGACAAACUCAUCCUAGCCACUGGCCUUACAUCAGAGCCUCAUUUUCCGGAAGGCUUGAAAGCAUCACUAGACGCAGACGUAUCUAGGCAAGUAAUUCAUGCCAAGGAUAUCGGGGCAUGGAGUCGACAAAAUCUGGGAUAUCAGCCCUUCGCCGGAAACAAACGCAAGACUGAAGGAAACAUUACUGUCGCGGGGGUGACUUCUGUUGCGGUUUACGGAGGCGCAAAAUCGGCGUUCGACCUAGUUCAUUUUUUCGCGACCCUGCAUCAGAACGGCCCUGUGUUCAACCUGCGAUGCAGCCCCCACGAUCCUGUCCAGGUCCACUGGAUCAUUCGGGACCAUGGCACAGGACCUUCGUGGAUGGUUCCCCCCACAUCUUCAUUGCCAACCGGAGAGGUUGUAGCUAGCGACAAAGCAUCGAGCAUGCGAAUCUUUCAUUAUCUCAGUGCCUGCUCUUAUGAAAUCCCCAAGCGCCUCACAUAUGGGAGCUGGAAGCUUUAUACAGAAGGCUCGUGGUUAGCACGCCUCUUCCAUGGAAACCCUUUAGGUCGAUGGUGGACUCGUUCAUUUUGGAACUCCGUUGAGAAAGGCUUGGAGGAAUUUGCAGGGUAUUCGACAGAAUCGAAGAUGCAACUGCUUCGGCCGGCCGCUAGAGUGUCAGAUUGCGGUGCUAUUUUUGGCAUUGCCAAUCAACCCGAUUUGUGGAAAGCGAUCCAGUCCCCGAAUGUCAAGGUUUACCGAUCCAGCAUUGUCUCGAUCACCAAGGGAUUGGCGAUGCCAAACGAGACGCAGCAGCAGUCAGUGGUAAUAUCCCUGGAAAAUGGAACUCGGAUCGAAGGGCUUGAUCUGGUCACACAAGCCACUGGAUACGAGCCCAUUGUUCCUAUUCAGUUUGAGCCCCCAAGCUUUCGACUUACUCUCGGUCUCAGCGGAAAUAUUCGCGAUGAUACAUCAAACCCGCAGUCACAGGACUUUGAUUGCACGAAUAUCCCACUUGAUGCCAAAGUAUCCAGCCGGAUGCAGCAUUGGAAAAGCAUCGACAAGGCGCUCGAGCCAAAGGUAAGACGCCAACUGUCGACAACCGGGUGUCAACCACCGACAAAACCACAACGAUCAAAUGAUUUGGGUGGACGGCAUAUUCCUUACCGCCUGUUCCGUCGCAUGGUUGCUCCCGAGCUAGUCGCAGCUGGUGAUCGCUCUUUCGUUGCAAUGGGCCUACUAACUACAUCCAAAAUAGCUAUAGUAGCCGAAGUCCAAGCUUUAUGGGCAGUCGCGUUCUUGAUGGGAGAGUUUGAUGGGUGUUCCGGUCCUUCCAAUAAACUUUCCCUACCAAGUGUGUCUGUCCAAGCCAUGGAACAGAGCAUCUCAGAGGACUUUCUUGUUGGACAUCUAACCCUGAGCGGGCUCUCAGUUGAUCCUAUUGAAUACAAUGACCUACUUUUGCGAGAUCUGGGAAUCAAUCCAAACCGCCUUGGGGGAUUCUGCGUCAAAGAGUUGACGGGAGUGUACCAGCCCUCUGUCUAUCGCGGGAUAGUAGCCGAAUGGCUCGCAAAGAGGAAAUCCCCGGGCAAGUUCGAAGGAAAGACAGCAUCCAAAGAACAGAAAUAA